AAUACAUCAUUUGAGAUGGUUCAAUUAUUAAUAAUAAUGUAUCGGGUAAAUAUAUAAUCUCUUAAACCCAGGGCUGACACGAAACCUCUAAAAAAAAUGUAGAACCCAUUGAAGCGGCUCUCGGCGCGACCAAGUGGAAAGGAUACGCCCACGAGUCCUGAAUGGGAAGCUCCAAUGGAUUCGGUUGAUGAGAUUGUGUCACGGUAUCACCGCCUCGAAGUAAAUUCAAAGAAGCUACACAAAAGUGCCAAAAAGUACGAGGAUAUGAUGCUCGCACUGUAUCAGUCGGAAAAGAAACUGUGCGGUGACAUGGUAAAUGACGACUUCUGCAAAGAACACGAUGAUUUACGGCGCACGAUCGAGGAAUGGUUAUGCUACGCGUCGGAGAUGGAUCAAGCUGUCGACGAUCACGUAAUAGCUGUGCGACGAUGUCUAGUGGAUCCGAUGAAACGAUAUCAGAGCACGUUCCCUGAUGUUCAAGCAGCCGUCAAAAAAAGGGAUCAACUCGUGCAGGAACAUCUCCGGAUGGUGCAAAAAGUCGCAAAAUUGGAGACCAAGGAGGCCACUGGAAAUAACAUAGCCAAGCUUGCGGAGUCGCGCCGUCAAGUCGAGAUACUGGCAAAUGAGUUGGAGGCUCAGAACACAUUAUUGCGUUCCGAACUGCCAGCAAUAUAUGAACAUCGCGUCGAGUAUAUACAGCCGUGCUUACACGCACUCAUUCUAUCGCAGACGGUCCACUGGGGCGAGGCAACCAGCCGUCUCCAGAAAUGCUUUCCUUCACUAAACAAGAGCUGCCGUUCGGACGCAGAAACCUCGCAAUACCAUCGCGACAAACUCAACGCUAUAAAAUCUUUAUCGAUUGUUGCCGGGUCGGACUAAGGAUCCCACAGGUUAGGUAAAAUAUAUUUGACACCAUCAAGUUUUAGCGUCACUGUUUUUUAACAAUCUAUAUUGCAUAAGGGAGGUGUGUCUUAGCGUCUGCGAAGCCCAUUGCAACGACUUUACAUUGUUGGUGUAUUGUUCUUGAUAAAUCGCACUUGGUAGUAUAUUGAAGGUUUUAUUAAUUACCACAACGUUCUAAGGUAAUUCAUUGUUCCAGUUUGUAUCAAUUUCUGAAAAUACUUAAUUAUUUGUUGAGUCGGUAGAAUUUUUUGCUUGAAAGUUGCACCGUUUCCAAAUAGAAAUAUCACUUAGUUUUUUUUAAACAAAUACUAUUUUGUAAUUAUCUAUGUAUACUAUAGAUCUAUAUGUAUAUACUCUGUUAACGAUUUGUGACUGAGAUGUAUUUAUGCUAUUGCUAAGUAAAAAAAUUCAAGGUUUCGCUCAAUGUACCUCAAUACUUAAUACGGUACCACUGCUGACCUCAAACAUGUUCGCGAAACUUGCGCGCACACAAUCUGUCAAAAUAAUACUGAAAAAUGGAGAAACAAUAAAGCGAGUUUGAGUUGA